AUCCUCAAUCAAUCAGAAGAACAAAAUGGGAGAGCCUGAGAAAAGGGCUGGAACCCACGGGGUCAGAUGCUUUGCCAAGAUAAAGGUGUUUCUGUUGGCGUUAUCAUGGGCAUAUGCGUCCAAAGCACUAUCAGCAACUUACAUGAAUUCCAUGCUCACACAAAUAGAGAGGCGAUUCAAUAUUUCCACAUCUAUAGUUGGGCUUAUCAAUGGGAGCUUUGAGGUAGGAAACCUCUUGUUGAUUAUAUUCGUGAGUUAUUUUGGACGGAAACUGCACAGACCUAUCAUGAUUGGUGUUGGAUGUGCAGUCAUGGGCCUAGGAUGCUUCAUAAUCUCACUACCUCAUUUCCUCAUGGGCCGAUACGAAUAUGAAACAACAAUUUCACCUACAAGCAACUUGUCCUCAAACAGCUUCUUGUGUAUGGAGAACCGAACACAGACCUUAAAGCCAACACAAGACCCAGCAGAGUGUGUGAAAGAAAUGAAAUCAUUAAUGUGGAUAUAUGUACUGGUAGGAAACAUUAUACGUGGAAUGGGUGAAACUCCCAUCAUGCCUUUGGGUAUUUCCUACAUAGAAGACUUUGCCAAAUCAGAAAACUCUCCCUUUUACAUUGGGAUUUUAGAAGUUGGAAAGAUAACUGGCCCAAUAGCUGGAAUUUGGUUGGGAUCUUUCUGUGCAACCAUUUAUGUAGACACAGGGUCUGUGAAUACAGAUGACCUGACCAUAACUCCCACAGAUAUACGCUGGGUUGGUGCUUGGUGGAUUGGCUUUUUGGUCUGUGCAGGAGUGAAUAUCUUGAUCAGCAUCCCCUUUUUCUUCUUUCCCAAAACACUCCCAAAGGAAGGACCAGGCGAUAUGGCUGAUGAAACUAAAAAUGACGAAGGAGAUAAACACAGAGAAAAAGCCAAAGAAGAAAAAAGGGGAAUCACAAAAGAUUUCUUUCUUUUCAUGAAGAGCCUCUCCUGCAAUCCUAUUUACAUGCUUUGCGUCCUUACAAGUGUGCUCCAGGUAAAUGGAUUUGUCAGUAUUUUUACUUUCAAGCCUAAAUACCUGGAACAUCAUUAUGGAAAAUCCAGUUCAGAGGCAAUCUUCCUCGUGGGUCUUUAUACCUUACCGUCAGUAUGUGUUGGAUAUUUAAUUAGUGGCUUUAUUAUGAAGAAGUUCAAGAUUACUCUCAAGAAAGCAGCAUUCAUAUCGUACUGCCUAGGCAUGUCUGAGUGCCUUCUGUCCCUCUGUAACUUUAUGCUAACCUGUGAUAACGUCCCAAUUGCUGGCUUAACUACUUCUUAUGAAGGAAUUCAGCAGUCUUUUGAUAUGGAGAAUACGGUCCUGGCCGACUGCAACACAAGGUGCAGCUGCUUAACAAAAACAUGGGAUCCAGUGUGUGGAGACAAUGGCCUAGCAUACAUAACACCUUGCCUUGCAGGCUGUGAGAAGUCAGUUGGAUCAGGAAUCAACAUGGUGCUUCAGGAUUGCAGCUGCAUUCAGUCAUCAGGAAACUCGUCUGCAGUCCUGGGGCUGUGUAACAAGGGUCCUGAUUGUGCCAACAAGCUGCAGCACUUCUUAAUCAUAACGGUGUUUUGUUCCUUCCUCUACUCGUUAUCACUCAUACCUGGGUACAUGAUUUUUCUGAGGUGUAUGAAGUCUGAAGAGAAGUCACUUGGAAUUGGACUACAGGCAUUUUGCAUGAGAAUAUUGGCUGGCAUUCCGGCACCCAUUUACUUUGGAGCUUUGAUAGACAGAACCUGUUUACAUUGGGGAACUCAGAAAUGUGGUGAGCCCGGGGCAUGCAGGACAUAUGAAAUAAAUAGCUUCAGGAACAUUUACCUUGGAUUGCCUGCAGCUCUAAGAGGAUCAAGCUAUCUGCCUGCCUUCUUCAUUCUAAGACUUAUGAGGAAAUUCCAGUUCCCUGGGGACAUCGACUCUCCAGUAACUGAUCAUGUAGAGAUGAUGCUCACAGAGAAGGAAAGCAAGUGCACAGAUGUGCACAGAAGUCCUCAGGUUGAGAAUGAUGGAGAACUGAAAACGAAGCUGUAAUGAGUUUUCUACUGCCCUGUGCAAGGCCAUGGACAGAAUGCACACUUCCUUUCCUCGGAAUCCUGAGAGAUACAAUAGGAACCUUAUCUUUAAGAACCUCAACGAUUAUUUUUCUCACUAUAAAAAUAAUUGCUGAUAUCAUUUUCAGAACUUCAGGGUGAUAUUUAAGAUUUCCCUGGGGAAGACUUUUAUGGUGACCCCCACACUACACUUUAAAGCUUCCUUCAUUUUCACACAACAUUUUCUCUUAACUCAAUCAAGGGAAGUAUGUGUUUCCCACACAUCUUCAAAUGAGUUUAAAACUUUCCUAUUCCAGAAACACUAUUUAAUUUCACUGAAUUUAAAUUUCCAUACUGGGGGUAAUUAGAACUGAAAAUAUGCCUCCUGGUUGUGUCAUACUGAAAUAAAUUGUUCAAAUUCAUUCUUUCUAUGUG